CGUGAGUAAACAUUUCUCAUAAUAAAGAAGUUAAACAUAAGAACAAAAUGGUAUCCUGGAGAGCUGAUGGAGCUCUGGCUGCAGGCGAAGCAGCUGUUCCUUAAGAAUGGCUGGUCUUCACACACCCUUUACAGAUGGGAUCCUCAAGCCCCCAUUCCUCCUGGGUGGUUUCACAGCCCUAAACUCGGUUUCCUUCUUUGUAAACUAGGCCUCAGCAUAUGACCUCCCCGCAAGGGCUGUUGCCAGCAUUGAGCAUUGACUGCAACAAAGGAGGAGAGGAGCUUGGCACUCUCAGGAAGUGUUCAGUUUUACCCAGCCUGGAAAUGACUUCUGGCUACACUUGUCCCCACCACAAAGUCCAAACUCCUGGGCCCGGGGGUGGAGUCUGCGAGGCCCUGCUUUCCAGCGAAGUGGGGGUCAGACACCGCGACCUUGCAGCGGGGGCACCCGGGGCCCGCCUCCCUCGGGCCCUGGGCGUCAGGGCCCUGCCUCCAGAGCCGGCUCUGCCCAAGGCCCCGCCUAGGCCCGCCUUCGCCAUGUUCUGCGGUGGCUGGGUAUGGUGGCCUGAAGAUCCGGCGUUCCCUGUUUCCUCCCUCAUUGAGCCCUCCCCUUGGCCCGCGCGCCUUCUGCUCGCCUCUUGCGCGCUGCUGCCCGGGAGGGGAUCGGGUAAACAUGGCGCUGCGCCCCAAGCGGGCCUGGGCAGGGGUGCGGGAAGUCUGGGGUUAAGGCUGCCAGGGGCUCAGCUCUGCUCACAUGGAUGGGACAGAGACCCGACAGCGGAAGCCAGAGGAGCUGGCUCUGCCACACGCCUUCAGCCCUGGAAGACUCUCUGGAGCCUCAGAAGAUGGACCUCCGACUGUGUCUGAGAGGCACAGGGUGGUCUCUAAACCACUGGGGUCUGAGUUCAGCAGGGAGACUGCCUUGUCCAUUGGCCUUCAGGUGAUGGUGCCCUUCAUGUUUGCAGGACUGGGACUGUCUGGGGCUGGUAUGCUUUUGAACUAUUUCCAGGAUUCUGUAUAUUCGUUUUUUCACUCAUUAAUGCAACACGUGUGUGUCAGCAGUGGGGGAGAGAGGACCAGCACUAUGCUGGACCCUGUGGGGGAUACAAGAGCCAGGCUCCACUCUCACGGCAUCACAGUCAAGCAAGGAGGGUAGCAGAUGCAUUAGUCAAUGUUAGCAGAAAGAGCUAUGAGGCAAGAAGGCCAGCUGCAUCUCAGCCUUGGAAAGGGAGGUCCCAGAAUGCCUGAGUGACAUGAAGGAGCUGCUUGGAGAAAGUGCUUGAAGACAGCCAGCCCUGAGUAGGCAUGAGUGCUCUGGUUCUGUGCUUUCACCUGUGGGUGGGUUCUGCCAGCGACAUCAGAAGCGGGAAAUAAAGAAGAAGCCCUCCAUUAUUGAGAAUGUAAUCAGCUUGAUCUCUGAGACCUUAACAGGAUGAGGAAGAAUUCAGGCUUUUUAAGAUUGACAUUUUGGCUCAGAACCAGCCCAGGCUCAAGAUGGCCAGGAAAGGAAUAGGAGGCCAUUUAGAAGGUGUGCUUCUGGGAAGACACCCAGUUCCCACUGAAGAAUCAGAAAUGAAAGCCAGGAAUGGUGAUGUGCAUUCCAAAGCUCUCUGCCCACCCUCUGCAGGCCUUCCUCAUUGUCCUCCAAAGACACACUCCCAAAGAAUCAAGGGGGUUGGAAUAGAUGAGUAGGUCAUGCCGCAGGCCUCGGGAUCCUGAUUCUUUGGUCUGGGCUUGGGCUUGGGCUACACAUUUCAGGAGCUCCCAGGUCAUUCUGAUGGCAGAGUAGACUGAAAACCACUGAUGCAGUCCCACCUCUCAUGUUUAGAGUUUAGAGGCCUGUACAGGGGCAGGGCCUUAUUCAGGGUCAUCUGGGAAACCACCUAAUGCUUGACCCAGAUUCCAUCUGCUGCUCAGUGCAGCCCCAGAAUCUAGUUCAAGGUCUUUGAGCUUUUCUCCUGUGCUAGCUAUUUUUAAAAUUACAUUCCUGAUCUUCUGGAUUCUGACCCAGUAAACCAUGUUGUCAUAUUUUGUUCUCAAGUUGCAUGGGAAAGUAAUCUUUCUCAUGUAAUGACAUCUUUUAUUUAUUUUUGGUGACAGUUUAUGUUUUGAUGGUUAUAAAAGCAAGUAAUCACAAUAGAAUGUUAGAACAUUAUAAAAAUAAAGGUCAUUUUAAAUUCUG